AUGUCACCAAACUACAUCGACAAGCUCCGCGGCAAGUCGCUUGUCAUUGUUGGCGGAACAUCCGGCGUAGGUUUCGCAGUUGCGGUAGCAAGCCUCGAGUUCGGCGCCAAAGUCGUCGUUCCUCAUACAGCCACCAACGUCCGAGGUAUCGCAUGUGACUUAUCCAGCGAGCAAGCAGAGAAAGAUCUCACCAAGGUCUUUGACUUCGCCACUGAUAAUGGAAUAAACCUUGUCGACCAUGUUGUCAGCACCGCUGGUGGAAUGCCGAACCCUAUUACUCUCGCCGAAGUGACAUCCGACGACCUCGUCGCAGCGAGCAAGUACCACUUCAUCGGCGACUUGAUCCUUGCCAAGAUCACCUUGACCGGCGGUGCGGGCACGUAUAAACCCCCACCCUGCUGGCUGUUGUGGGCCGGUGUGGGCGGCGCAAAAGAUGCGCUGACGCGGAGCCUCACCUUGGAGCUCAAGCCGGUUCGCGCAAACCUCGUCUCUCUGGGAGCAAUUCGGACGGAGUUGUUUGACCGGGCUGUCGCAGCAGCGGGCGAGGCAGUCGCCGAAGCCGCAAAGAAGGCCUCUGUGCUCGAUAGGAUAGGGGAGCCUGGAGAUGUUGCAGAGACCUUUCUGGCGAUAAUCAGGAAUAAUUUUGUGACGGGUACUGUCAACCUCCGCUCAUUGGAGGCGAAUUCGGGCGCGGUAUUUGCUCGGAAUCUUGGUCUGACAGCUGAUUCGACGCGCCUUAAGCGGCUACAGCUUUCGGCGUGGAAUCUAGGAUUGAGAGAUGAAGGGACACCCGCUGAUGUUGUUCCGAGACCGAUCGUCGAAACCAUCAGCCUGAGCGAGAUGGAAGCCUUGGCCACCGUCUACUUUAAAGAAAUCCAUGCCGUUUACGGAUUUCUGGACGAGAACAGUGUUCGGAGGCUGAUAGCCACGCGCUGGUAUGACAACGCCACUAUGCAAUCAUACGACUGUGUCGAUUCGGUCCUCUGCGGAAUUGCCGCCCUAGGCUGUGUGUUCUCCAAACAGCCGUUGAGCCUCGAAAUGCAGCUUGCGAAAUCCGCCCAGGCUGCUCUAGCACAGUCUGUUCUACUCCCUACCCCAUCCACGGAUGAUGUCGUGGCCUGGUUACUUCGGGUCAUGUACCUGAGGCUGACCGCCUCGCCCCAUAUCACCUGGAUGGCGACCUGUACGAUGAUGCAUGUCCUGGAAGCUGCCCGCCUACACUUUGACGAGGGUGACGAGCCGCUACCCUCGAGCAACGGCGCAGAAGAAGGCCGAGAGAGCCGUCGGAGGAUCUACCUAGUCGCCCAGCUGUUCAAUAUCUGGAUCUCGUUUGACUGUGGCCGAUCCAGGGUCGAACUUCGGGGUGCCUCGUGUCAGCUCCCGUCGCCCGACCCUGGCGGCAUCAAACCCGAGCUACUCGAACUCUACUUAGUCUCGGAGAUUCUCUCCCCCGACAAAUACCAGACUGUGCCCGAGCUGGAGAACCUGUUGCGGAGGGCCCUCGACGUGAAGUCCGCGCAGCCCAUGCUGGUGCUGGUACAGUGUAACGUGAUGCUUUGCAUAUACCGACGACUGCGGGUGCAAGGGUCAAGUCCCAACACGGAGACCCUAGAGCGGAUGCUGUCGGCUUUGUCCAAGGCCGUCGACGCCGCUCGCGUGCUGCUAAGAACCGAACGGCCUUGGUGGCACGUCGCCAACGUGACCUUCCAAGCGGCCUGCGCCCUCCUCGCCAUCGACACGAGCCUGUCUCUCGCCCAACUCAUCCAGCCCCUCAAGGCUCUGGAAGAUGUGAGCGCACAUUACAAGACGAGCGCGACGCGGGAGGCCUACGACGCGGCGCGCGUGCUGGUCGGCGUCCACCGCAAACGCAAGGAACUCGACAUCGCCAGACUCGACGGUGUGCUCCAGGAAUGUCAAUCGCACAAUAUCCCAGACUCGAAUGACAACGAUAUCGACGCCACAGGCAACGGUGACCAAUGGUAUCAUCAUCCUGCGAUGCCCGCGUCCCUUGGUACCAACCGGAUGGGCCUGGGCGAGCUUGAGUGGGAGCAGUUUUUCAACCUGGAUCUUCCCUGA